AUGGUCCCCACAGAAGGCUCAAAGAUCGUGAUGCGGUGGUCCAGGCGCCGGUGCUUUUGUUCCUCCAUGCGGAUACGGAGCUUCCAGAGGGCGCUCUGGAAGCAGUUCAGGCUGCGCUCUGCGAUCCGGAGGUGCUGGGGGGAUGUUUCGAGCUGCGCUUUGCGGAAGAAGCUGAGAGCCGCACACUGCAGCUUUGGAGUUGGAGCACCCGGGUGCAGUGCUGCCGCUCCAGCCGCCUGGUCUUUGGGGACCGGGGCAUCUUCGUGCGGCGGAGCGCCUUCGAAGAGCUGCAGGGCUACAGUGAAUGGCCCAUCUUGGAGGAUGUGGAUUUGGUCAUGCGCUUGGCGCGGCAAAGCCGCCGGUCCUUCAGCUUUGUGCCGCUGGCGGUGACCACCUCGGCGCGGCGCAUGUUGGAGGUGCUGCUUCCUUGGGCCGUUGAAACGCCAAGAGAAGAGAACA